GUGACAAAGCCUUUGCACAGUUCCUGACAGAUGAGAUCAAGGAGGAGAAGAAGAUCCAGAAGCACAAGUCCCUGCCCAAGGUCUCCGGGGGGUGGGAGCUGGAAGUGCAUGGCACAGAGGCCAAGCUGGUGCGGAAGAUUGCUGGGGAGAAGAUCACAGUCACAUUCAACAUCAAUAACAGCAUUCCACCCUCAGAUGAAGAAGACACACAAGAAGAGCAGAAACCUGAUGAGCAGGAGCCUGAACUUACAUCAACUCCAAACUUUGUUGUGGAAGUAAUCAAAGACGAUACAAAACAGACCCUUGUUCUUGACUGCCAUUACCCUGAAGAUGAGAUUGGACAUGAAGGAGAGGAAGAGAGUGAUAUUUUCACCAUUCGGGAGGUCAGUUUCCAGCCCACUGGAGAAUCCGACUGGAAGGACACCAACUACACCCUCAACACGGAUUCCCUGGACUGGGCCCUGUAUGAUCACUUGAUGGAUUUCCUGGCUGACAGAGGAGUGGACAACACAUUUGCUGAUGAGUUAAUAGAGCUCAGCACUGCACUGGAGCACCAGGAGUACAUUAAAUUCCUUGAAGACCUUAAAAGCUUUGUCAAGUGUCAGUAGGUUAGGCUAAGAAGUUUACCCUCAAGUGUGGGUAUUCCACAGUGCUGCUCUAUCCAGCAAUACCCAAAUAUAUCUUCACGGUGGAUACAGAGAGUAACUUGGAAUUUGGAGAAUGGGAGAACAAGGAUUCUCACUUGUAUUUGGAGGAUUUGUAUUUAUGUUGCAGCCCAGAUCAAGUUCUCUGACAGAAUUGCCUCACCCUGCUGGGAGGUUUUGUACAACUAAGAAUGAAUGUGAAGAAUAAAACUGUAUAACA